GUGACGGAGCGAGCCCUCGUCCACCUGGCUGCUCACGUGCGUGUCGGCGUUCAGGAGGAGGAUUCAGUGUCGGUCUCACACUGGUCCCCUGCUCCCUCUUCUCUCCUUCUGUCUUUUCUGUUUUUAUUUUUCCUCCCAGAGACUGGUCAGAUCCUCUCCUCCGUGUCUGGCUCUCUACCUGGCCUCCAUGAGUUUAAUUGAGGACAAGCCAUUCCUCCUUGGAAGAUGGAAAAUGCUUCAGACGCAGCCUCUUUGUUUGUCUCGAGCAUCUCCAAGGAGCACGACAUCCUCAUGGGUUCCGUCUACAGCUUGUUUUGUGUCCUGUCCCUCAUAGGCAACUGCCUUCUGCUGCUUGUUGCUUUUCACAAGAGAUCAACUUUGAAACCAGCAGAGUUCUUCAUCAUCAACCUCUCCAUCAGCGACCUCGGGAUGACGCUGUCUCUGUUUCCACUGGCCAUACCAUCGGCCUUUUCGCACAGGUGGCUUUUUGGAGAAAUUACCUGCCAGCUUUAUGCCAUGUGUGGAGUGUUGUUUGGUCUCUGCAGCCUGACAAACCUCACUGCCCUCUCCUUGGUGUGUUGCCUUAAAGUCUGCUUCCCUACUCAUGGGAACAAGUUCUCGCCUUCACACGCCCGCCUCCUGGUGGCCGGAGUGUGGUGUUACGCAUCUGUGUUUGCCGUGGGGCCCCUGGCACAGUGGGGGCAUUACAGCGCUGAACCUUAUGGCACAGCCUGCUGCAUUGACUGGCACGCACCCAACCAGGAGCUUCUGGCUUUGACAUACAUCGUCUGCCUUUUUGUCUUUUGCUAUGCACUGCCCUGCACCAUCAUCUUCCUCUCCUACAGUUUCAUUCUGCUGACCGUGCGGGGAUCGCGUCAGGCGGUUCAGCAGCAUGUGUCACCCCAGACCAAGACCACCAAUGCACACGCUCUCAUAGUGAAGCUGUCCAUAGCAGUGUGCAUUGGUUUUCUGGGAGCCUGGACGCCUUACGCUGUCGUGGCGAUGUGGGCUGCUUUCGGAGACGCCACAACCGUCCCUCCUGCUGUGUUCGCCCUGGCAGCAGUGUUGGCCAAGUCUUCCACCAUCUACAACCCAAUGGUCUACCUGCUGUGCAAGCCCAAUUUCCGUGAGUGUUUAUGUAGAGACACGUCUACAUUGCGGCAGAUGAUCUACAGGGGUAGUCCACAGCCGCAGGAGCAAUUCAGCUUCACUCCACAGCGCAAUAAGGACACGAGUGCCUCCACAAGGUUCUCAAAUGGUCAGCAAGAUAGCUACGGGGCAUGUUUGAACUGCACCGAGAAUGCAGCGCUGUGUCAUGUGACCACUCCGCAGAAGACCGCCUGCGUCCUGACGGGAUCCACCUACACAGAGGUGACAGUUAGUCAGCUCUCAGCCAAACCAGGAACAGAUUUCAUCUAACGGAGCAACUUUCCGAUUCCACAAAGCAGACAGCUCUGGACACAUGCUUCAAACAGUAGAAAAGACCUGCUGUAACCCGUUUCCUGCUCAAUCUAAACAUGGCAACUCCACAGGACUGCAAUGAGCUGCUGUGAAAUCCUGAAGGACUGAAAUGACAAAUCUGCACUGGUCUGAGUCAGUCUGAAUAGAUUUACCACUGACAUUUAUGUUUGUCUCAAGGUUUACUUCACUUUAAGGUUGCUGGCGGUCCUAUUUUAUCCAACAGACAUUUGGGACUCAAAAUCUGUAAAAACUAACAUAGUGGUGCUACUGCUGGAUCAGGGACACUUUGUUUCUCAUGUAAAAGGGGAAACAGAGGCACAGGAGAUCACAUGAUAAGAAAGAAGGUAAAUGUGCUGCUGUAAAGUGUUUCUCAACUUAAAAUCACAACUCCCUGUUGACUUGAACACCUCUAUGUGAAUGUGUUGUUACCAUUACAACUAGGAUUCAUUAAAAAAUAAACAAACACAAUACAAAAACACCAAAUCUUACCAAGUAGUUUUGGUCUAGUAAAUAUCUUCGUACACUUGAAAUGAGACAAAAUUGACUUGCAAGUAACUUUUCAGCAAAAUACAGACACUUGCUGAAAAAGUACAGAAUAUUUCACUUACAACAUGGGAAAAAUGUCUUGUUAUAAGUGAAAUAAUCUGUCAGUGGACCGAGUGCUUUUUCAUCAAAGUUAAAGAAUUAUCAACUUUAUACCAGCUCCUGUAUCUUGCUGAAAUGUUUGUAGGAUUUUGUGUUUUGCAGUGUACACAAGUAUCAUCAUUGCACCAUUUUUUUGCUUUUCAGCAAUUUCUUUCUUUUUUCUUUCUUUUAUUUUAAUGCUGCCUUUCGUUGUGGUUUCCAUUGAUUCUGGAAACAAGUUUUAGGUGUAACAUUGUCUAAUUGUGAGGAAGUUAAGGAGAUUUUGUGGAACACAAAGUCCUGUUUUGAUUUUGAAGUAUGUGAGUUGUUUCUAAUCUGCUCAAGUUUCUGAAUAGUGCAUGCGUGUUUGGAUCAAGGGUGUGAAAUUCAUUGCAUUCUUCAACUGUGUCUUGACUAGAUAUAUCACGUUUGUGGUGAUGUCAUUUUUACUUCUUAUUUAUAUUUUGUGACAGCUGACAGUCCAAAGUUUGAGUGGUUAAAUAAUUAUAAACCAAAGUAAUAAGUAAGAAAGUUAAGCCACCAGUUUCAGGCAUCCAGCAUCCUGACAUGAGUCAAGCAUCUGUUACAACCAAAAGUAGUUGUACUCUUGGUUGAUUUACAUUUACACUUGAAUAUGAUCACAACAAAAAAAUCUGUGGAUUGAGUUAAAGAUUAGCGUAAUGGCAACGAGGCCUUCCAAACUCAAAAACUUGGAUCUCAUCACUGAAGAUAAACUGUCAAAAUAUCAGUGGAAACAUAUAAAGGGAGGUGAUUGUUGUAAUGCCAAUAAUUUCCACUGAUUGUUCAGGAGGGUAUAAAUAAUUUGGUGUGCCACUAGUAAAUAAAAUCUACAUAAAUAAUUGAUACAUUCGUUGAUUUUCAAAUUUAAAAUAUCUUUAUAUUGUUUUAAUAUCUUUAGUUAGAUGCCUGUCUCACUUCUAGAAACAAGCGUCUUGCUUGAACGGAAAAAAAAGUCAAAUCUGCCAGGGGUAUGAGUAACUUUUAGCUGAAUUGUAGAACGGUGUGUGGAAGCUGCAGCUCUGAUAGUUACAUUAUUCAGCUUGUCCAAAUAAUCUGUGGCAGCUUAAGUUAGUUAAUGAUCAAAUUGUGUCAACGACGAUGGUGCAGUGGCGUUAAUUUUCUUGUAAUGGCAUUUAAACCAAAGGUAGAAACAGAAACAGGACUUUAAAACAUGAAAGAAAAUAAAAUGUAAUGAGUGAAUCUGUCAGUAAGUGAGUGUUUUAGUUCUGAUGCAGUUAAGUAAAAAAAAUGCAUUUUAAUCUUUCAACAGUUGCAUUUCCAUUGACAAUAUAACUGCAAAUUGGAUAAAAUAAAUUUGCUUAAUAUAAAGAACACACGCUUUAGGACUAUUCAUUCAUUUUUUCUGUAUUUUGCACAAAACUCCAACAGAAACACUUUUUUUCUCAUCACGUUUGAAAGCAAGUGGUGGAAAAGACGAAGAUGACGACAGGAAGUGGUAGAAAGGUGAUGGCGAAUAAUUUUUUUCAUGACUUAUCACCUCAACAAACUUAUUCACGUGCAAUUUUAAUUUAAUUUCUUUUUUAAUGAAAACACACAAUUGCAAAAUUUGACAUCAUUGGAACAUCAACAAAGUUUUGCGCGUGUUGGUAAUGGAAACGCAGCUAAUAACUGCCCAGACCCAUUAAGAGGAAAACUGAUCGAUUCCAAUUGUUACUUGGUUCAUUUGUGUUUUCUCUAUUUUCAGGCUGAAUCCAUUCAAACUAUGUGAAUAAAAAAGUAGAUUUGUGUUAAGUUAGAUUUUUUACACACAACAUAACCAGAUAGAAUUUGCAGAUUUUUAUAUCAUUGCAAAAGGAGGGAAAGACUUUGAAAAAAAUUAAAAACUUGGAUUUCCAAAGUAGUUUACAAGCUGACAAAGACAGAUUUACUUUGAUAACUGCUCAAAUGUUUUUAUUUGUUCAUCAUCAGAGCCGCUUAUGUAAAACAGAUUCCACUGCAGCUCCUUUCAUCCCUGUCCUGCUCAUCUUUCCUGGCAACUAAUGUGAAUAAAAGCCUUAAACUGAAAUAAAUGAGGAAAUGAUCAUAUUGUAUGUCCUGCAUGGUGCUCCCAAAAUCUGCUUUUCUGGAAAUUAGUAACACAUUUAAAUCCAUUUUCUUUUUUUUUUUCACUGCUGUGUGGCUUUAUGUGUUUGUAAACAAGAGCAUAAGUAACGCUAUUACUGACUUUUUAAAAAAAGGAGUCUUGUAAAACUCAUUUAAUAAAAAGAUGUAACAAA